CUUGGUCAUAUAAAGUCACAUCAUAUCGAACGUUGCAUCACAUCAACAAACGUCCCCAAGCUAGCGCACAACGCCAUCUUCCGCCGUUCGAGCACAUGUGUCCGAGUCCAGACACGCCCGCGACGACGACAUCCGUCGCACCCUUGCUGCAUGGAGCCGCCCACUUUGACCCCGCUACAUGCAACGGGCGCACGUUGUACCAACUGCUCACGGGCGGCGUCGUGCCUCGGCCGAUUGCAUGGAUCAGCACCAUGAACCGAGCCGGGGUGACCAACCUCGCGCCGUUCUCGUUUUUCACAGUCGUGUCGAUUGAUCCGCCCAUCUUUGCCGUUACGCAGGUGUACCCUGGUCCCCAUCGCAAGAACAAGGACACCGUCGUGAACCUCAUCGACACGAACGAGUGCGUGGUGAAUGUCGUGAGCGAAGGUAUGGCCGCGACCAUGAACGCUACAUGCGCCGAGUACCCUCCCGGCACGAGCGAGAUGGACGUGUUGGGCGUCAAGGCGGUCGCGAGCUCAGUCGUGCGCGUGCCUGGCGUGGCGCGGUCCGCCGUGCGCUUUGAGUGCACACUGCGAGACACGAUGGACAUUGGCAACGGCCGCGUGAUGCUGCUGAAUGUGGUGCACAUUGCCGUGGACAAGGCGGUGCUGGGACCGGACGGCGCGUCGAUUGAUUCGACGCUCACGCACUUGGUUGGGCGGUUAGGCGGCGACGCGUACACCCGAACCAACGACCAGCUAACAAUCAAGCGACCCACGGCGCUGUAGGACGACUAGUAGGACUACUAGCCCAGUAGUAGUACUACUAGUACUAUUAAUAGUAUGCAUCACGUUCCCCUUAACGUGAUUAGAUAAACCCACCCACCUCCAUU